AUGAAGAGCUUAUGGAAAGUUCCAGUUCUCUUCUUUGUAUGCAGUUUCCUGGGGACAUGGGCAUCAGUGACUGUCAAGCGUCGCCCAAGGUUCCCUGUUAAUUCAAAUUCCAAUGGUGAAAAUGAACUCUGUCCAAAGGUCAGGAUUGGACAAGAUGAUUUACCAGGAUUUGACUUGAUUUCUCAGUUCCAGAUAGAUAAAGCAGCAUCCAGAAGAGCUAUCCAGAGGGUAGUUGGAUCAACUGCCUUACAGGUGGCUUACAAGCUGGGAAAUAAUGUAGACUUCAGGAUUCCAACCAGGCAUUUAUAUCCCAGUGGGCUGCCUGAAGAAUACUCCUUUCUAACCACUUUUCGGAUGACUGGAAGCACACUUGAAAAGCACUGGAGCAUUUGGCAGAUUCAGGAUUCCUCAGGGAAGGAGCAAGUUGGCGUGAAGAUUAAUGGCCAAACAAAAUCUGUUUCAUUUUCAUACAAGGGGCUGGAUGGAAGUCUCCAAACUGCAGCCUUUUCGAAUUUGCCCUCCUUGUUCGAUUCCCAGUGGCAUAAGAUCAUGAUUGGUGUGGAAAGGAGGAGUGCGACUCUUUUCGUUGACUGCAACAUGAUUGAGUCCUUACCUAUAAAGCCAAGAGGUCAAAUCGAUGUCGAUGGCUUUGCUGUGCUGGGAAAACUUGUGGAUAAUCCUCAAGUUUCUGUUCCGUUUGAACUUCAGUGGAUGCUGAUCCAUUGUGACCCCCUGCGACCCCGGAGAGAAACUUGUCAUGAGCUGCCAGCCAGGAUCACGGUGAGUCCCUAGACUAGUCAGAGGGGCCCCCCAGGUGAGCAGGGUCCUCCGGGGCCGCCAGGUCCCCCUGGAGUCCCGGGCAUCGACGGCAUCGACGGUGAUCGCGGUCCGAAGGGUCCCCCGGGCCCCCCUGGUCCCCCUGGAGAGCCGGGGAAACCAGGAGCUCCAGGCAAGCCUGGCACACCGGGUGCCGACGGAUUAACAGGUCCUGAUGGAUCUCCCGGCUCUGUUGGACCAAGAGGACAAAAAGGAGAACCUGGUGUGCCAGGACCUCGUGGAUUUCCAGGCCGUGGUAUUCCUGGACCUCCUGGUCCUCCUGGGGGAGCAGGACUCCCUGGAGAGCUUGGCCGUGUUGGACCGAUUGGCGACCCUGGGAAAAGAGGACCACCGGGACCUCCUGGCCCCCCGGGACCCAGUGGAACAAUUGGCUUUCAUGAUGGAGAUCCAUUGUGUCCCAAUUCCUGCCCACCGGGUCGUUCGGGACACCCAGGCCUGCCAGGCAUGAGGGGUCAUAAAGGAGCUAAAGGAGAGAUUGGUGAACCUGGAAGACAAGGUCACAAGGGUGAAGAAGGGGACCAGGGUGGACUGGGAGAAGUUGGAGCUCAAGGACCUCCGGGAGCUCAAGGUUUGAGAGGCAUCACCGGCGUAGCUGGCGAGAAAGGGGAAAAGGGCGCUCGGGGCUUAGAUGGAGAACCUGGGCCUCAAGGGCUCCCUGGUGCACCAGGUGACCAAGGACAGCGAGGACCUCCAGGAGAAAUAGGUCCCAAGGGAGAGAGAGGGCCUCAAGGUUCUCCAGGAAUUCCUGGUCUCCCUGGGCCCAAAGGGGACACGGGCUUGCCAGGUGUGGAUGGCCAUGACGGGAUACCUGGAAUGCCGGGAACAAAGGGGGAACCAGGGAAACCCGGGCCUCCUGGUGAAGCAGGUUUGCAGGGGUUACCUGGUAUACCUGGAAUUCCUGGCGCAAAGGGUGUUGCUGGUGAAAAGGGUAACACAGGUGCUCCAGGGAAGCCCGGUCAGUUGGGGAAUUCUGGCAAACCGGGCCGCCAGGGGCCGCCCGGAGAAGUGGGACCCCGAGGACCCCGGGGCCUUUCUGGCAGCAGAGGUGAAGUAGGACCAGUGGGACCCCCAGGGCCACCAGGUAAACUGGGUUCUCUUGGCAGCCCCGGCCUCCCUGGCUUGCCUGGCCCCCCUGGACUUCCUGGGAUGAAAGGUGACAGGGGUGUAGUUGGUGAACCUGGUCCAAAGGGUGAACAGGGCGCCUCUGGUGAAGAGGGUGAAGCUGGAGAAAGGGGUGAACUCGGAGAUAUAGGAUUACCUGGCCCAAAGGGAUCUGCGGGGAACCCCGGGGAGCCUGGCGUGAGGGGGCCCGAAGGCAGCCGGGGGCUUCCCGGAGAGGAAGGACCCCGAGGCCCGCCCGGCCCGCGCGGCGUGCAGGGGGAGCAGGGCGCCACGGGCCUGCCCGGGAUCCAGGGCCCCCCGGGCAGAGCACCGACCGAUCAGCACAUCCAGCAGGUUUGCAUGAGAGUCAUACAAGAGCACUUUGCUCAGAUGGCUGCGAGUCUCAAGCGUCCAGACUCCGGAGCCGCGGGCCUCCCUGGACGGCCUGGCCCCCCCGGCCCCCCGGGCCCCCCUGGAGAGAAUGGCUUUCCAGGCCAGAUGGGACUCCGCGGCCUCCCGGGCAUGAAGGGUCCCCCUGGCGCUCUCGGUGUGAGGGGCCCUAAAGGUGAUGCAGGAGAAAGAGGGGAUCGUGGCCCCCCAGGAAGAGGUCCCAAAGGUUUGCCAGGAGCUCCUGGUCUCCCAGGUGACCCGGGUCCUGCCAGCUACGGGAGGAACGGCCGAGACGGCGAGCGAGGGCCCCCUGGGGCGGCGGGCAUCCCUGGUGUGCCCGGCCCCCCAGGUCCUCCGGGCCCCCCUGGUUUCUGCGAGCCAGCGUCCUGCACCAUGCAGGCCGGUCAGCGGGCAUUCAACACCAAAGGUCCCAGUCAGUGAGGGGCUUGGUGCCACGCGGCUGUCGGUGGAAACCACGCCUGAAGAAGGCGCCUGGGGGAGAGACGGCCCCUUCAGUGGUACCCUAGAAGUCCCAUCUAAGCAUCAGGUUUAGGACAAUGGUGCUAUUCAGCAAAUCCUCUCUCCUUUCUCUUUGAGGGGAGCCACAGAGCAAUGGAUCAGACAGACAGACAGACAACACCCCUCCCUUUGAGUGAAUCGGCAGUCCCGUCCCCAGGCUCUUGAACUCGCGUGUGCUAUCCGUGUCUGGUAUGCAACGGCCGCUGUGCCAAUAGACAGAGGCCGCGGUUUGGUUUACCUCAGUUGCAGCAGUUCUUCCAUAUUGUAGUGAGCAUGUGUCCUGAGACGCUCGUUCCAGCUCUGCAGGGAUUUACCAGACUAGCUAAGAAGCGGCCCCAUUCCUGUCAACAGAAUUGGUGCUUAAGAUUCCCAUCACUGCGCUCCUGGGGACUCUGCAGUUGCUGUGCCACUUGAGGUGGUUUCCUUACACCCGUGGGGUUCUCAGCGUCAGCUUGCCUUUCUGCUGAACUGUACUGUAUCCAAACCCAUUUGUAUUUUGGGCUCGUCCAUGUGAAAGCAAAGAAAGAAUCUUAAUACCCCACCGUUCAGUAGUUUUAUUGAUGAGAUUAUUUAUUUUCAAGGUUUGAGGUCACGUCUCUGGUUGUACCAAAGAAGCAAUAAAUAUGGUUUCUUACUUUCUUGCA